CAAAAACCUAAAAACAGACGCGCGGCAGACCAUUCUUCUUCUUCUCCCUGGCGUUUCUCUGCCUCUUCCUAAAACAGACGCGCACCUCCCUUCCUCUGCCGACCAUCGCCCAUAAGCCUAAGAGAUGGUAGUUCCUCCUCCAGUCAGGCCGCCCACCAUUACCAAGUUUCUAAAGCCUUAUGUCCUGAAAAUGCACUUCACAAAUAGAUUUGUAACUGCACAGGUCAUCCACUCUCCAACUGCUACUGUUGCCUCCUCUGCAAGCUCUCAGGAGAGGGCCUUGAGAGAAAGCUUGGAUACGCAUCGCGAUGUUGCUGCUGCUGCGAAGAUUGGCAAGAUAUUAGGCGAGCGCCUGCUGCUCAAGAACAUCCCUGCUGUUUCAGUCCACUUGAAGAGAGAACAGAAAUAUCAUGGCAAGGUUAAAGCUGUCAUAGAUAAUGUGGUGAAAGCAGGGGUUAAGCUCCUUUGAUCAAGAAUUGCAUGAGAAUAAGGGAAAACUGCUAGAGUUUGCUGUUGCAACCGGGGAGUGUAUCAGACUAUCGGUUAUGUAUUGCUGUGGUCUUAAUUCAAUGGACAUUUCUUCUGUUUCAGGUU